CUGAAGACGAACCUGCAAGAGUACAAGCAGGAGUGGAAGGCGGCCGGGCAUCCCGGGGAGGGCGGCGACAUCAAUGUGCGUUUCCCGGUGUACAUUGCCCCCAGCGAGGCCGAGGCCAUUGAAGAGCCCAAGGAGAGUAUCGAGGCGUUUUUCCAGCGCCAACGGGAACUCUUUGAAUAUUCGAGGGGUCGGCAAGGCGCCGACGUUUCGGCGGGCCGCCAGGCGCGGUACGAGCGACUGGUCAACUCCACCUACGAGGACCUGCUGGAAACCAGGGUGGUGUUCGGCAGUCCCGAGCAGGUAAUCGACCGGCUGCACGAGUUCAAGGAAAUGCUGGGAAUAUCGGGAAUUACCGCCGAAUUGAACCCCGGCGGGUUCCUGCCGAAAGAAGCGGUGCAGCGGAGCCUGCGGCUGAUGACUGAAGAGGUUAUGCCAGCCUUCAAGUAG